AUGGCGGCAUCCGUCCUCCCACUGCUGCCACUAGUGCUUGUCUUGCUCUGCCGCCUCGAUCACCUCGCCGUCGCCACGGCCUCCACCCCCAACCCCGACCCCGACCCCGACUCCGACUGGACGCAGCAGCAGGCCGCCGCCCUGGUCGCCAUCAAGGGCUCCUUCACCUCCUCGCCGCCGGCGCUGCACGCCUCCUGGACGCUCGCCAACCACGCCGCCCUGUGCCGCUCCUGGCCGGCCGUCGCCUGCGACGCCCGCGGCACCACCGUCGUCUCGCUCGACCUCUCCGCGCACAACCUCUCCGGCGCGCUCUCCCCGGCCGUCGCCAACCUCACCGGCCUCCGCUUCCUCUCCCUCUCCAACAACGCGCUCGCCGGCGACCUGCCCCCCGCCCUCGCCGCGCUAACGGACCUCCGCCAUCUCAACCUCUCCAACAACCAGUUCAACGGCACCCUGCAGCGCCUCGACCUCUCCGCGAUGCCCGCGCUCCAGGUGCUCGACCUCUACGACAACGACCUCGCCGGCCCGCUCCCGGACGCCAGUAAGCUGCCGGCCAGGGCGCUCGUGCACCUCGACCUCGGCGGCAACUUCUUCUCCGCCACCAUCCCGCGCAGCUUCGGAUCGCUGGAGGCCGUCCAGUUCCUCUCUGUAGCCGGCAACAGCCUCACCGGCGCCAUCCCUCCCGAGCUCGGCAACCUCACCGCGCUCCGCCAGCUCUUCCUCGGCUACUUCAACCAGUUCGACGGCGGCAUCCCCGCCGAGCUCGGCCGGCUAUCCAGCCUCGUCCACCUCGACCUCGCCAGCUGCGGCCUGCAGGGCGCCAUCCCGCCGUCGCUCGGCGCGCUCACCAGGCUCGACACGCUCUACCUCCAGACCAACCAGCUCAACGGCACCAUCCCGCCGGAGCUCGGCAACCUCACCGCCCUCCGCUUCCUCGACGUCUCCAACAACGCGCUCACGGGCGAGGUCCCGCCGCAGCUCGCCGCGCUCCGGGAGCUCAGGCUCGUCAACAUGUUCAUCAACCGUUUCCGCGGCGGCGUCCCGGAGUUCCUCGGCGACCUGGAGCACCUCCAGGUGCUCAAGCUGUGGCAGAACAACUUCACGGGCUCCAUCCCGGCGGCGCUCGGCCGCGCGGCGCCGCUCCAGGAGGUGGACCUGUCGACGAACCGGCUGACCGGGGAGGUGCCGCGGUGGCUGUGCGCGCGCGGCCAGCUCCAGAUCCUCAUCCUCCUCAACAACUUCCUCUUCGGCCCGGUGCCGGAGGGGCUCGGCGACUGCCCGACGCUCACGCGGGUGCGCAUCAGCAACAACUACCUCACCGGCGAGCUCCCGCGCGGCUUCCUCUACCUGCCGGCGCUCACCACAGUCGAGCUGCAGAGCAACUACCUCACCGGCCAUCUUCCAGAGGACGACGGCAUCCCGGCCAAGGAGAGGAAGAUGCUGUCGCUGCUGAACCUGUCGAGCAACAGGUUCAACGGCUCGCUGCCGUCGUCCAUCGGCAGCUUCUCGUCGCUGCAGACGCUUCUCCUCAGCGGCAACCAGCUCGCCGGCGGGAUCCCGCCGGAGGUCGGUCGGCUGAAGCGGCUGCUGAAGCUGGACCUGAGCGGCAACAACCUGACCGGCGAGGUGCCCGGCGAGAUCGGCGAGUGCACGUCGCUGACGUUCCUGGACCUGAGCGUGAACCAGCUGACGGGCGCGAUCCCGGGGGCGCGGCUGGCGGAGAUCAAGGUGCUCAACUACCUGAACGUGUCGUGGAACAAGCUGGACGGCGGCGUCCCGGCGGAGAUGGGCGGGAUGAAGAGCCUGACCGCGGCCGACUUGUCCCACAACGACCUGUCGGGCGUGGUGCCGCAGAGCGGGCAGUUCGCCUACUUGAACGCGACGUCGUUCGCCGGCAACCCGCGGCUGUGCGGGACGACGAUCGCGUCGUCCAACCCGUGCAACCUGACGUCCAUGUCCGGGCCGCGGGUCUGGCCGGACGGCGGCGGCGACAAGCAGCCCGCGUCGACGUCGUCGGUGGGGCGGCUGAAGCUGGCGGCGGCGCUGGGGCUGCUGGCGUGCUCGGUGGCGUUCGCAGCAGCGGCGGUGGCGACGACACGGUCGGCGAUGCAGCGGAGGCGGCGGCAGCGGGGCAGCGGCGGGUGGCGGAUGACGGCGUUCCAGCAGAAGGUGUCGUUCGGGUGGUCGGACGUGGUGCAGUGCGUGAAGGAGAACCAGGUGGUGGGGCGGGGCGGGGCCGGCACGGUGUACCGCGGCACGAUGCCCGGCGGGGAGGCGGUGGCGGUGAAGCGCAUCGCGGCGGCUGGUGGGCCCGGGGACGACGGCGGGUUCUCGGCGGAGGUGCGGACGCUGGGGCGGAUCCGGCACCGGCACAUCGUGCGGCUGCUGGCCAUCUGCUCGUCGGGCGACGGGAGGAGCAACCUGCUGGUGUACGAGUACAUGGCUGAGGGGAGCCUGGGGGACGUGCUGCAUGGGGAAGGUGGCGACGGGAACGUGAUGGCGUGGGCGACGCGGCUGCGGGUGGCGACGGAGGCGGCGAUGGGGCUGUGCUACCUGCACCACGACUGCUCGCCGGCGAUCCUGCACCGGGACGUCAAGUCCAACAACAUCCUGCUGGAUGAAGGGAUGGAGGCCCACGUGGCGGACUUCGGGCUGGCCAAGUACCUCCGGCAUGGGCAUGGCGCCGCGUCCGAGUGCAUGUCCGCCAUCGCCGGAUCCUACGGCUACAUCGCGCCAGAGUACGCCUACACGCUCAAGGUGGACGAGAAGAGCGACGUGUACAGCUUCGGCGUGGUCUUGCUGGAGCUCAUCACGGGGCACCGGCCGGUGGGCCCGCACCUGGGCGAGGACGGCAGCCUGGACCUGGUGCAGUGGGUGCGCGCCCGGGUCGACCAAGGUGGCGGAGUGGAGGCGGUGCUGGACCCGCGGCUGGGCGGCGACGUGCCGGCGUGGGAGGCGGCGCAGGCGCUGUUCGUGGGGAUGUUGUGCGUGCAGGAGCAGAGCGUGGAGCGCCCCACCAUGCGGGAGGUCGUCCACAUGCUCCAGCAGGCCAAGCUGCCGCCAACUCCGUCCCUGCACGACCUCCGAGGAGGCGCCAUACCUAUGCAUCCUUCUGCUGCUGCUGCUCGUGUCCGCGUCGUCCACCACGACGAGGAGGCUGCUGCCGGAGGAGGAUCGGACAGUGAAUGCGAAGGCCGAUGA